AAUGUCUUGUUCUCCACUUCAUAUGGUGACAUCAUCUAAAUGAAUGACAUCAUUUUGUCUCUCUCUCUCUCUCAUUCUUUUUCCUCAGCCUGUAUAUAAUACCAUGAUGAUCAGCCAGCCUGCCAAUGCCAGUGUUGUGCAGAUACCCAGCAGUCUGGCACCAAAAAUCAAUGAGGGCAAUGCAAUAAACAGGUUUCCGGCCGGACAGCAGUUGGUCACUAAGAUUGUGACGGCUCCGAUGGCGUGUGGUGCUGUCAUGGUACCCACAACAAUGUUUAUGGGUCAGGUGGUGACCGCUUACAGCCCGUUUCCACAGCAACAAGGUCAGACACAGACCAUAGCACUGCAGACUCAGUCAACAGCGCCUGCAGAACAACAGGCUCAAGCUGCCACAUUACAUACGAGUCAACAGCAGGGGGCGAUGCAGCAGCAACCAUUUUUACAGAGCACACACCUUCUCCAUGGCAACCAGUCCACACAACUGAUCCUGCAGGCUUUCCCUAUUCAGCAGCAAGGUACAUUUCCUCCAUCACAACAGCAGCAGCAACUGAAACCACAGACUCAAAAACAGCAGAAAACAACCCCCUCUCUUCAGACGGACAGCACUAGUGCCCAAUCUCAGUAACAGGGAUGAACACAACGGCCAAUUAGAUGGAGGAGCCAUCUCACAUAUUCGCUUCUAGGAUUUUAUUUGUGCUGUAUACAAUUUGAAAGCGCUAUGCUAAAACAGCUCUUCCUGGCAGCAUCUUAGAAGCUUUUAUGACAAGGAACUCCCUCAACAUGGCAGCUGCAUGGAACACAACACCACCAGAUGGACGCUGUGGCAACCGUGCGUCGCCUUUCACCGAACCAACAGGUGGUUGCCAAACUCAUUAUUUAUUUCAACAACAGAGAGCAUAGGAUUGCUAGCUUUUGCAUGGUCUUUGCCAAACAGAAAACCCUGUUCUCAGUCUUUCACUGUAAACAGUCCAAAGAACCGUGUUUUUCUGUACAGUCUCGUGUACUAUACCGUGUAAAAACACAACCGUAAAGGAACAAAGCGAGAUACUGAAUAUUUUAUAUGCUGCAUGAAAAGUGUAAACUUUCAUUUGUAAUUCCAGUUUUAUGAUUUACAUUGAGUAUUAUUUUAAUUUGAACGUUUUUAUAUUGUGCGUAUAGUGAUGCUUUCUAUGUUUAACCCUUACCUGACAAUGGUCUCGUCACGUAUUGUUAGUGUGCGUCAUAGUUUGUUCUGGAGGUUUUUCUGAGGCACUAGUUUUUUGGGAAACUAUUAUACCCCUAGUCUCUGACGUACAAAAAAAAACGCCCACUUUAAGUUUAUUUCUAAUUAUCGCAGACAUUUGAUACAGAAGAAUCAAAUUGAAUAGUUUUUAAGUAGCAAAUUUAAGCUACUUUGUUUAAAAACUAUCUACUUCCAAUUUUUGUUGAAUGUUAAUUUGCUUUUUAGUCAUAGUAGUCCACUAAAAAGUUUUUGUGCACCUUUCCCCUUACUUUUAGCACUUAUUGUGUUCAUACACACUAAAAUAGUCCUUCCUUCUCAUAAUGGUCUUUUAAGUUAGUUUGUGUGUGUGUGUGCAUGGACGGUACGUGUAUUUCUCAGACGAGAAUGACACGCCUUGAAUAAGCUUUCAAAUCCUCAUUCAUAAAUGCUUUGUUCUCCCUCAUAGUUUUGGGAGCUAUGCAAGAAGCCACAUCCAGGGCGCAGCAUUUCUAUACGUGUGACUGAGGACGGUCUGGAGUACUGUGGAUCUUUUAAAUCCCAUUUUCAGGAAAAUAAUGAUUAUAUCGUCCUCUUCCUAGUUUGACUUCCAAAGUUGUAAUUCAAACCGAAGCAGGGUUAUUGUGCAGAUGUAGAGUCUUAAAGUUAAGAGUGAUCUUCCUUUUAAGUGUGUGUGUGUGUGUGUGUGUGUGUGUGUGAGAGAGAGAGAGAGAGAAUUUAAAGUGCAAGCUAUUAUAUCAAUAACAGUUUGUGACUCUUCCAGUAUCGCUGUGUAGGUUGUUACUGUGUGUAUUAACCCCAGCGAUGACCAAUCAGUUCUUGCGUUGCAGUAUCUAAGCAUUCUAGAUGUUUCCCCAUUGGCUUGUUGGCUAUAUACCUCAGAAAUGGUUUUAUAUAUGAAGUAUUCAAAGCAAUUUUAUUUUCAUAUGGCAAAAGACUUCCUUGUUAAACAGUAUUGCUGUGUAUAGACCGGUAAGACUGUUAAAAGACGAGUUAGAGCUAAAAGGUAUAUGGAAACUGAAAAAGAUUUUGAUAUUGUUGACUUUUGGAAUUCCAAAAGUUGAGAUUCCCAUAAAGUAGAUGCCCACCUUUCCCUAUUCAUAGUGUUGCGUUGUGCGUUUCAUAAGAUUUUACUGUGCACUGAAACCCUCAAUUGUGUUGUUGUUACUGAACCAAUGUUUUUCAUAGUGUGUGCAAUCAAAAUUUACUUUAAAAUUUCCUCCCAAAAAAAGCUGCUGACAGGUUGAAGAGAGAACUGAACUGAUUAGGACCCUCAACAUUUUAACAUUCUGUAUCCCAAUUUAAAUUUUUUUUUUUUUUGCUGUAUGCAACCAAAAGAUUGUGCACUUUCAGAAUAUGAUGGUUAUUUGGUUGUAGCCCCAGAAAUUUGAUUAGUGUUUGGCCUGAUGAAAAUCAGUGAGUUGAGUGAAUAAUGAUAAAAUAAUGAAUCAUCAAAGAAGUAAAAUAAACAAGUCUUAAGGUGUUUAACCAUAAAAUGUGUUCAUUUUGUUCAUAUUGAAUUGCUGUGCACUUCAGUACAAAACCUUGUUACCGCAAAGAACUGCUUGCAAAUCAUAUUACCUUCAGUGUUAAUUUGUAGCAACUAUCCUCUGUCAGUUUACCAAAAACCAAUCAUUUUCUCUCUACAAU